UCCUCCCCCCUGGUAUCCGACAUCUUGUAAAGCUAUCGCUGCUCUAGUGCGUUGGUUGAUAAUUAUAAACCCCUCUCUACCCGAAAAGAAUAUUAAAAAUCUUAAUUCUCGCUUCUGCUGAAAUAUUUCUGGAUUCGUCCGAGAGCGAAAUCGCAUACGCAAAUCAUGAGUACUACCACUGCAAAACCCUUGAAGAUGAGUGACACUGCCCUAAAGUUCGGACCUGAAUGGCUCAGAGCUUUAUCUCACGGAGACACUGCAGUAUCCCCACCACCCAGUCCCAGCCUUGGAGCACCUCGAUACAAGCUGGCUCAACACCGGUACGGAAGAGAAGAAAUGCUAGCCCUUUAUGACAAAAUGAUGAAGGCCCCCGAUGACUUAACCACAGCCCCACCAAUCUACAUUGAAAAGACACAAACUCCCCUUGCACUUAUUCAAAUGUCUGACGAAGAGAUGCGUAUGUGGCAGCGAGGAGUCAACAGUGAUGUUGUCCUAAAACAGAUGGGUCGAACUGCUGGUCCACCCGUUGGAGGCAGUGGGCCACCGGUGGGAGCUGGAGCUUCUCGAGGCCGAGGCGGAGGAAGUAUGGAUCGUGGAAGAGGAAGAGCUCGCGGCGUUGGUUCAGCAGUCGGAGCGUACAAUCGUGGAACGAGUUAUGAAGAUGGAGGAGAUCCAGGAGAUCAUGGGACUCGCAGAGAAGGUCCACCGACAGGUUAUGGAAGAGGAACUACUCGGCCUUUCGAGCGAUCCCAGAGCUCCUCUGAACGGGUUUGGAUCGAGCGACCCGAGAGAAAUGGUGGCGGUGCCGAGUCAGAGACGUGGAACGGCUCUACUAGUCCACGUAAAGAAUUUGGCACUGCCCGCCAAGCCGCCGGCGACAAUAAUUGGCGGUCGCGUGAGGCCAUGAGAGAACGCGCUGAACGGGCCGAGAACAAAGAAGAGGAAGAUGGUUGGCGAACUGCUGGUCGUGGAGAACGUUGGGGUCGAACUGGCUGGCGUUCUGAACGUGAAGGUGGGGAACGUGAUCCACCGGGUGGUGAGAAACGAGAUCCGUGGGUAGAAGGUAGUAAUAAUAGUGGCGGAGGAGGAGUUGGCGGCGGCGGCGGAGGAACUGGAGAACGUUCAGAAAGAGUCCAUCGCACUUGGGACGAUGAUGGCCGUCCAACGGGUAGUGCUGGCUACUACUCUAAUAGCAGUAGGGGUGGUAGAGGCGGGCACCAUCCCAAUCGGCGGGGUUGGGAUGAAAACGACUCACUUCCCGAGUGGGUCGCGGAAGAACAUUUACAAGGGGGAGGAACGUUUGACUCUUCCGGCGCUUUCCGCGACGAAAGGUGGUCAGACGAGGAUGACGGUGAAGGCAAGAAGAGACGCGUGUUGCGGAAGAGAGCCGAACCGUCUCACGACGGAGGUGUUGGGGAUGAAGACGGUGGCCCUGUCACGGUCGAUUCCCCUUCCAAGGACAACGUUAAAGACUCACAAAUCCACGAUGAACAACCGGCAGCUUCUCCUCCGGCUGCCGUCACUCCUGUCCAGGUUGCCGCCCAUCAAAUCUCCGCCACUUCCGCCGCUGCCGCCACCGUUGUCAAUUCAAGUCCUCCCGUCCUCCGUGGUCCUAGUCCUGAGUCCUCAUCAAUGUUAUCUCAGCCCAAUCUGCGUGUGGACGAGGACGGCCUGGAACACGCUCAAGCGGUCGUGUCGACGCUGGUGGCUCAGUUGGUGGAAGACGAAGACCAACCGAAACCAUCGCCGAGUCCGCCAAACCCUCAACUGAACUUAAGCAUGGAUCAAUGGUUUUACAGAGAUCCACAGGGUGAAGUGCAAGGUCCGUUUGCGACGGCCGAAAUGAGCGAAUGGUUCAAUAGCGGUUAUUUCACCAUGGCGUUGAGUGUCCGACGUGCCUGUGACGAACGUUACGCUCAAUUGGGCGAACUGACGAAGAUGUGGGGCCGUCUGCCCUUCAUGCCUGGCCCUCCCAUCCCGCCUAUGAAGAACUCUGACCUGCAUCCGCUGGUGUCGGCCGAGCAGGAGAAGCUGCAGAUGCUCCAACAGCAACUCAUCCAGCAGCAAAUGUUCCAGCAGCAAAUGAUGCAGCAGCAGCACAUGCUCAGGCAACAGACGAUCAUUGCCAAAUUGUCGCAGAUGGAAGGCUGGAACACGCUGUCGCCCAUCCAGCAGCAGCAGGUGGUUAACCAGCACAUGGCUAACAUGCCGCAUCCACUCCCGGGUGAUCCUGUCCUCCAGCAAUUGCGGCUCCAGAUGGAGGCCCAAGCUAAACUCCAAGCUGAAAUGAUUCAGCUUCAGCGCAGCAAAGAACAGCAUCAGCAGCAGCAGCAGCAGCAGCAACAACAACAGCAGCAGUCUGUGCACUCUUUAGUCAACCAUCUCAGCCAGCAGCAUCAUCAGCAACCGCAAGCAGUAUUAGAGCAGCCAGCUCUUGCCAACAAUCCCAACAACCUGAUGAAGUCUCAUGAUCCGAUUCAGGCGUUUAUCCAGCAGUUGCUGGGGCAAUCGAAAUCGCCCCCGGCCGUCGUUUCGAAACCUCCUACCAGCUCCAUCAUGAAUAACCCUAAACCACAAGAAGCCCAGGUUGUCCUGGAUCCCAUCCAAAGUCUCAUUCAACAAGCUCAAUGGAACGCCAAUCAUGUAGCGGCCCAAAGUGUUGGUGGAACCAUCGUUGAUCCAGUGAUGGGCAAUCACGUGGCGCCGGGCUUCCAUGGACUGCCUCCUGGCGUCGGUGUUCCCUGGCACAAUCACUCUGCGCUCUUCCAGGCCGGUCCUGCAGAGCUUCAGCCGCCCAUGACGUCCGUUUGGGAUCUUGAAAGCGCCAAGGUCGAGGAAGCAAAGCGCCAAAUGGAGCAACAACAUCAACAGCAAAUGGCCGCCGAAAUGCACCGCAGGGAGAUGGAGGAGAAGCGGAUGAAAGAGGAGGAAGAAGAACGUCGACGACGACUUGAAAUUCAAGAGAGGGAGGAAGAGAGGAUGAGGAUAGAAGAGAUGCGAAGGGAGACGGAACGACAGCAGCAAGCGGAAGAGAUGAGGAGGAGAGAGCUGGCGCAACAACAGCAGCAGCAACAACAGCAAAUGCAAGCCAUGGAAGAGAAGCGGCGGCGCGAGGAGGAGAAGCGCAAACGAGAGGAAGAGUUGAAACAACAGCAACUGGAAGAGGAAAGGAUCCGGCGAGAAGAAGAAAGGAUCCGGAAAGAGGAGGAGAAGGCGGCCGAACAACACCGCCGCCAACAGGAAGCCCUUCAGAGGCUUCAGGAGCAGCAAGCCGUGGCUCAGGCUCAGGCUAGAGUGGCCGCCCAGCAAGCGGCUGCUGCAGCCGCCGCCGCCGCUCAACAACAGGCGCAGGCUCAAGCUCAGGCUAAAGCUGCUCAGGCCAUGAUGGCUCCGUGGGCCCAACAACAGCAGCAGCAGCAACAACAGCAACAGCAAACCGGUGAAUCGCUGAGCAUGGCUGAAAUUCAAAAGUUGCAGGAAGAAAAGGAAGCCAAAGAAAGGGCAAUCGCCCAGGCCCAAAAGGCCGAGCAGGCGGCUCGUGCGGCCGCUCUUUUACAGCAGCAACAACAGCAAGCGGCCAUUAAGCUCCGCUGGGCCAAACAAAACACUCCGACCCCAUCCAACGCCAAGUCUCUGGCCGAGAUCCAGGCCGAGGAGGCAGCUCAACUUGCCCAGCAAAAGGAGAAGGAAGCCAAAGAAAAGGCCAACCAGCAGGUGAACAUGGCGCACCUGAAUCUGGCGGCAGCCAGCGCUUGGGGGUCAUCGCACCACAGUAAUUCGGCUUGGAGUUCUGGCCGGACUGUUGCCGCUGUUGUGGCCCAACAGCAACCCCCACCACCUCCCCCUUCGGCGGCGGCGGCGGUGGCGGCGGCCACUACCACCGCCAAAACCAAUCAUUCCACCACCACGAAUGCCGACUGGAAAAUUGGCCUGACGGUUGGUUUCUGGGAGGAUCCAACCCCUCCACCUCCAAAGGCCACGAGCAAACCGGCUCAGCAGCAAGCGGCGGCCAAGUCUGCUGGCGGCGGUGGUGGCAAGUCCGCUGCGGCGGCUGCGGCGUCCAAGCAGCCGCAACAACAAGCAGCGGGAGCUAAGCAACAACAACAACCGGCCACUUCCAAAACGUCGGGUUCGACGACGACGGCGGCGGCGUCGAACAACAAGAACCGCAGUAAUAAGGAGGAAGAAGCGGUUCGCAAGCUGUUUAAUCAAACUGCCGCCGCCGCCGCUGAAAAGAAGGAUAGUUUUAGUCAGUGGUGUUUUGAGUACCUGAAGAAAGUCCAGGCACAGAUUGAUGUGCCCACAUUUGUCGCCUUUCUCAAGGACGUGGAAUCUCCAUUUGAAGUCCAGGAGUAUGUUCGCUUGUAUCUUGGCGAGGGCAAAGACGCCAAAGAGUUCGCCAAGCAAUUCCUUGAUCAACGUUCUCGUUGGCGCCAGAUGCAAAGAAACGUCCAGCAAUACGAAGAGGACAACAUGUGCAUCCCGGCCAAAGCCAUAAAUCCGGGACAAUCAUCUGACUUCCAUGAAGUUAAAUCUAAAUCCAAGAAGUCUAAGAAGAAGAUGCAGAAAGUGGAUGCCAGUUUGUUGGGAUUCAGCGUUUCUGCUUCGACGGAUCGCAUCAACGUCGGUGAGCGCGAUUUCGUGGACGGCAUGUGAAUCAUUGUUAAAGAAAGCCAAAAAAAAAAGAUAAAAUCAACGACCACACGACAAGAGACGAG